AAAUUCAACCACUCACCUCCCACUCUAAAACCCAACAACAGAUUUUCACAUAUCUCUCUUUUUUUCUUUUUUCUUGAAGGAAAGAAGAAGAUCUCCAAAUCCAAGUUGUUAACACAAGAGGUAAACAUGUGUCAUCUUGGAUUCUUAGUUAUGGUUAUGGUAGGAGUAAUGGCUUCUUCUGUGACCGGCUACGGUGGCGGUGGCGGUUGGAUCAACGCUCACGCCACUUUCUACGGUGGAGGCGAUGCUUCCGGCACAAUGGGUGGUGCUUGUGGAUAUGGUAACCUAUAUAGCCAAGGCUACGGGACGAGCACGGCGGCUUUGAGCACGGCUUUGUUCAACAACGGACUUAGUUGUGGUUCUUGCUUUGAGAUAAGAUGUGAAAACGAUGGUAAAUGGUGUUUACCUGGCUCAAUCGUUGUAACCGCUACAAACUUCUGUCCGCCAAAUAACGCGUUAGCGAACAAUAAUGGCGGUUGGUGUAAUCCUCCUCUUGAACACUUUGACCUUGCUCAGCCUGUUUUUCAACGCAUUGCUCAGUACAGAGCUGGAAUCGUCCCUGUUUCCUACAGGAGGGUACCAUGCAGGAGAAGAGGAGGAAUAAGAUUCACGAUAAACGGCCACUCAUACUUCAACCUUGUGCUGAUCACAAACGUCGGUGGUGCCGGAGAUGUUCACUCGGCGGCGAUCAAGGGUUCAAGAACAGGUUGGCAAGCUAUGUCAAGGAACUGGGGACAAAAUUGGCAAAGCAACUCUUACCUCAACGGUCAAGCACUUUCCUUUAAGGUCACCACCAGCGACGGCCGCACAGUUGUCUCCUACAACGCCGCUCCUGCCGGCUGGUCAUACGGCCAGACUUUUGCCGGUGGACAGUUCCGCUGAAAAGGGCAAUCUGGUCAUUCUCUCUUCCAUUUAUCUAAAGUAAACUCAUUUGUGUGGUAAUUAUUAGUAAAUUGGUCUCUUGAAAAAACUCGGUUAUUGAGAGAGUGAUGCGUCGAGGGCUCGGUUUUGCAGAAGGCCUUGAUGAUGUCUAAUCUUUUUUUUGGACCUCUUUAUAUUUCUUUCUUAAAAGUAGUUUUUGUUAAGAAAGAAAUUUUUUUAUAGUAAUGUCUUACUGAUGCAGAGGUGGAGUUUUAAGUAACUACCACCCGCUAGUAGUAGUAAUGAGUUAUUUCAAGGUGUGAGAGAUAGAGAUGGAUUAUGAGGAUUGUCAAUUUUAUUAUUAUUGUGGUGAUGUUAUGUUAUGAGAUAAAGAAAACUCAUUAUAUUUGUUUGUAAUAAUACUACUCUUUUUCUUAAUGUUAUGUUAUGAGAUAAAGAAAACUCAUUA